AUGGGCUCAGGGAGCAGGAUUAAGUUUGCUGUUUGUGAGGUGCUGCAGUUUGCCAGUUUUUGUGUUCCACUUUUUAUUAUAAUGCAACGUUUUGCACUUAUUGUGGCUCGAGUAAAAAGUCAACUGCAACCAACUGGUGGAAAUUCUACAACAGCGUAUUGGCUAAUUGUGGCUUCAUCUGUGGCCUAUGUAAUGUCAGUGGCAAUGCUGAUUUGGCUACCUAUGAAGUAUAUGGUGUUUAUGAAGAAGAAGGCACUGGUUGCUCGGAAGAAAUGGAGACCUGUUGCUUUGGCCUAUGUGCUUCUCUCAACACUGCCCUGCUUUGCCUUCCUUAUAGCCAGCUCUGAGGUACAGAUUAGACAUAAUCUGAAGUUGGACACUUUUGCUGAACUGCCAGUGUCAUUAGUUCUAUUUUCCCUGAUCUGCAUUGAUAUAGUGGAAAGAAUCCGACACUGCAGACUUACUGGCCAAGCUAAUGAACUGGCUCGGGAUCCAGACAUUCCCACUACCUUACUGACACAUGUUGGAAGAAUUACUCCUAUUGUCACUCCUAUAACGGGUCCUUUUCCUUCAUCUACUACUGGCAGUGCGGGCACAGAGCAUGGUGCAGGGGCAACAAACACGAACGUUCGAGGAUUGCCUGGCAAUACUACUGUUCAAGGCAUACCUGGAAAUGGCACAGUCCUGGGUCUCUCAAGCAACACAACAGUUCCAGGGCUGCCAAACAAUGGUGCAGUUUCAGGUCAUCUUGGGAACACAACAAUUCCAGGGUUGCCUGGGAAUGGUGUUGUUCCAAGAGUCCCAGGCAACCAAGGACAGCAACUUGGCAUUACUGGAAUUUAUCCACAUUCUAGCAUACCCUUCCAAAACAUUACCUCUUCGUAUUCUGGGCCACUUAGCUUUCUACUGGCUAGCGAUACUCGUGCUGAAGUCUUUGCAGACAGUUUCCUGUUCUGGCUGGACACAGUAGAGAUGGUUCGGGUUGCAGGUCACACUCCUGUAUAUUUUUCAGGCUGGGCAUUACCAAUUUACCUUUUCUGUUUCCUCUCCACAAUGCGAUUGGCCCUAACACCUCACAGUCCCCUCCUCUCACCUCUGGGUGUGGUCUUUCAGGACCUCCCUUUCCUAGUCUUGAGGAUGGCAUUGAUUGGCAUUUUUGGUUUUGUAACACCACUACUUUACGUGAUGAAGAAUCUGUUGGUCUGUCUUGCCUACAUUUAUUUCAAUUUCAUGACAAAACUUAGAGUUUUCAACACUGAGAGGAUGUUUUAAUGGAACUGCUUAUGAGACUAAAACAGGCCUAGCAACACAACAGAAUUACAAUAUGUUUGUUCGUUUGCCUAGUCCACUUGGCCUGGGACAAGGUGUUAUUUUAGUAUAACUAUUUUUACACUUCUGUUUGUUUCACUAUAGUGGUGCAGAACUAACAAACUAUAUAUAUAAAAACUUUAAUAGGUAACCAGUGUUUCAUUUACAUGAAUUUACAUAAUUUUCCUUUACAAUAAGAGUACUUGAAUAAUCAUGAACUAAUACCUAAAUUCAUACUUAAUUCAUCAUUUACAAAUUAUUAUUGAAGUCAUUAACUAAUCAUAAUCAUAAACAAAAAGCUGUUCUUAACUAUGACUGGAGUUGGAUUUACGCAUGAAUGAUAGAAGCCCUAAUUACAAAUGGAUUAAUUAACAUUUAUGGGUAAACUAAACCAAACAGCCUCCUUACUAAAGGAAUAUGAAGUACUCUGACUGAAAUAAAUUUAAAUAAUUUAAUUCUAUCAUAAUUUGAGCUUUUAACAUCUGCAGCUUUGUUAUAAA